CCAAGUGUGCUCGACCAGUCCUCCGCCAUAUUGACUGUUGUCUUGACUGGAGGAGAGAGAGAACAUUUUGUGGACCGAGAAUAAACGAAAGUGUGCUCUUGGAAUUACUGAAACUGGUGCAAACUUGGUCAAAGCGUUUUGCGAACCCCAUCGCAAUGGCAAGGAAGAAAAGCAAGCAGCAAGGCGUCGCUCAGAAGGAGCUCGUACCCGCGCAGCAGACCGUACCGAAGAAUCCCGUCUCUCCCGGCGAUGCAACUGGCGGCGGCGGAGGAGGUGCUGGAGUGGAGAGGCUGACCAGCACCAGCACCACCACUACCACCAAAGCGAACCAGCCAAUGCAUACCUGCUGCCUCCUGUGCCACCGUGAAUUUAAGGACUGGGGGGCGAACUCUGUGAACGGGCUCCCAGGGGGACAUGGCACCAAACUGGCCGACGCCGUGCCUGCACUCUCCCAAGCCUUAUUGCGGGAGGCGCCGGGGCAUAAACUGGCCGAUUCGGUGCCCUCGCUGUCCCAGUCCCUGCUGGGAGAGGUGCCUCUGUGGAUAUGUCAGAGCUGCUGCAAGAGUGUGGAGGAGGAGGAGAGACGGAGCGCGCAGGAGCAGCCAACUGGGGUACCAUUGUCACACUCUUCCUCAUGUAAUUUCCAGGGCUGCGGGAAUGGUUACCCGGAGCAAAGUACUGUGGACUGUGACCCGAGUACCUACAUGUCAGCCUACAAAAUCUGGAGUCUGUGGAACUCAGUCGACCCCAACGAAGGGGAGCACUGCAGCCACAACGCUUCCUUACACCUACAACAAGGUUUAACUAUGGGAUCGGCCUGUCAUGAGAAACGAGGACUCCACAAAGCACCUGGGAAAUCUGCUAAAACGUCGGUAGCCAAAGUGUGCCCCUACAGUCACCCGAUGGCCCAGAAUACCAGUGGUUCCACGCCCGGGACCCCCCUCGCUACCUCAACUGACCUUUGCAAGACCACCCCUAAGCAUUUCAAGAACGUGUGCCGUCGACCAACACCACAAGGUGAAGCCUUCCCCACAAGCGAUCAUCCUCAACACACAGACUUGUCAGUCCCCCCCAAUAGUCCCACGGGCCUGUCUUCCCAGCAUUCCUCCCUCCUGCCCCCAAAGCCAAAUUCGGGACAGCACAACCACGUAACGUCUUCAUCUACGGCUGGUGUCGCAGGCCACACCCCUUUCUCCCCUUUGGUACCAAACCCCCAUGGAUCCACAACUAAAAAGGCUUCUCCCAGUCCAGAGAGCCCACCAUUAGUUCACAAGCCCAGUCCGUGCAAAAACUCCCACAUUCCUGCUGUGAACACACAACAUAGCAAAACGGGCUCGUCAGCGGCAGGCUGUAACCACCCUUGCAACGGACACAGUACGGGAACACCCGCCUCUUCAAAUGUGGGAACCUUGUCAACUGGGGCCUGCAGGGACCAGGGAUGUAAGGGCCACAAAAUGACUAAUGGGACUAUGUGUGAGCCGUCGCUAGAGUUAGAGGAAGUGGAGGAUGAAGACAGCAGCUCUGAGAGGAGUUCCUGUGCCUCCUCUUCCACUAACCAGAAGGACGGAAAGUACUGUGACUGCUGUUACUGCGAGUUCUUUGGACACAAUGCGCCUCCAGCCGCUCCAACCAGUCGAAACUACGCCGAGAUCCGAGAGAAGCUCCGGUCGCGACUCACUCGACGCAAGGAGGAGCUGCCUCAGCGCCAGGACUCAGAACUGGCAAUGUCUGGUGCCAUCGACAACAGGGAUGUGGAUGAAUUGCUGGACUUCAUCAACAGCUCUGAGCCCAAACCUGUAAACAGUGCCAAAGCAGCCAAAAGAGCUCGGCACAAACAAAAAAAGAAGGAGAAAGCUCUGCAGGGCAACGCGGGUGCUGCAGGCAGCGAACCCGCUUCCAAUCCAUCCGAGUGCAUGGACGAGCCCCUGCCCGACACCGCCGAGACGUCACGCUUAUUGGAUUGGCCCCAGCUGGAACUCGAGCGGGUCAACAGUUUUCUCACCAGUCGGCUGGAAGAGAUCAAAAACACCAUCAAAGACUCGAUUCGAGCCUCGUUUAGCAUGUACGACCUCAAUCUGGAUGUCAACGACUUCCCGAAAAAGGCGGCCACGCUGGAGAGCAACCAUUUACUGUCCCAUCUGAACGGCUCCUCUGACAUGCAGCAGAUAGAAAUCGACCUGGUCCCUCUUUCCCUGGGAAACUAUAAGAACCCUCUGGAGCUGGUGAAUGGUUGGGAGGACAUAAACACGGCGCCAAAUACGACCUCCGCACCCACCGCAGCCACAGGGACCACGAGCGGGUCCAAGGAUAUCCAGGGCUCGAACACUGCACCCGAUCUCUCCAAGCUCAUCCGAGUCAACUCCCCUGGAAAAAUGCUCUUCCUCCAGGUCUUGCCAGAGGAACCGACUCAAGUGACACCGAAAUCGAAGGAGGACAGCUCAGAUCCUAAGAACAGCACAGCUGGGAAUGGCGGUACAAAGUCAAAGAAGAGUAAAAAACAGCAGCAACAGCAAAAACAGGAGCCAACGUUUUCAGAGCACAAUUCCAAGGUCACAGAGUCAAGGGUGGCGGAAAUCAUUUGUAAUGGCUCAAAAGCCGCUCUCAAACAGCUUCAGCAAGCAGCCGACAGCCAGCGAAACGGCCUGAAGAAAGCCGAGGAGAGCAGGUCAUCCAGAAACGCAGCAGCCAAUGGAGCGAACGCACACAAGGUUAAAGGUGACAGCGAUGUGCGAGCGGGCCGAUGUGAGCAGGAUACCGAACGCAAGGCUCAUCCCGGCAUUCCGGCAAACGGGCAUCAUCAGACGCAAUCCAAGGGGAAGAAUAAGAAGAACAAGAGCAAGGGUGAAAAAUCCGCUAGUGCUAUUGAUGACGUCUUUCUUCCGAAAGAUGUGGAUCCUACGUCAAUGGAUGAAAUUGAUCGGGAAGUAGAAUACUUUAAGAGGUUCUGUCUUGAUUCGGCAAAACAAACGCGCCGGAAGGUAGCGGUGAACUGGUCCAACUUCAGCCUCAAAAAAGUUCCCUCCAAUGCAGCUCAAUAACUGACGAGAGCCGGAAGCUAAAAUGCCACCCCACAAACUCUUUCAAUAGAGCUGUGUUUGGCCCCAUUAUCUUCUUGUUGACUAGAGGGACCUUAUUCACAACUCAUUCAAAACACUGACGUUCAACCUGUGGCUCGUCAGCCAGGGAUCAAUACAAGGCCAGCUCUACCCUUUUUUGCUGUCAUGGCAAACUUCACAAAGUGACAGGUGCAACAUGGAAAUAUGAGUGUGUAUGUAUGUCCACUGCAUUCAUGUGCAGACGUAUGUAGUAUGUUAACAUUUACCGUACAGGAAAUAAAUGUUUUUUUUAAUCAGAA